AUGAAGAGCGGCAUGCUCGCGCUCAACACACUGCUGUUUUCCUGCGUUAUUACUGGAGUGUGCAGCGCUCUUUUACCAACACGUCUCCAAGCUGACGCACAAGAGAACAACAGACCAAUCAUCGGUAUUUUAACUCAGGAGAUUUCGGAUGAUGUUAUGAAGAAAUUUGGAAAGACAUAUAUCCCUGCAUCUUACGUACAGUACGUCGAGUCAGGCGGGGCUAGGGUGAUGCCAGUAAAAUUAAAUCAAAGCUUUGCUGAACAUGAGAAAAUCUUCAAAUCAAUCAACGGCCUGCUUCUUAUUGGAGGUGCAGUGGACCUGGAGACAUCAGAUUUUGCUCAUACUGCAGAAAUUUACUUCAAACUUGCCCUGAAGGCUAAUGACAAUGGGGACUAUUUCCCGAUAUGGGGUACGUGUUUGGGUCUCCAGCUGCUGACUGUACUAGUGGCGGGAGAAAACCUGCUGACUCGUGCGACUGCCGAAAAUGUGUCUUUGCCCCUAACAUUCACCGAAGAUCCUCUUUUGAGCCGCAUGUUUAAGAGUUUUCCGGACAAGGUUCUGAAGGCUCUGGCUACAGAACCUCUGACAGGGAAUUUUCACCAUUAUGGUGUGACUGCUGAGGCUUUCUUAAAUAACCAGAAGUUGAAUGAUUUCUUCUCCAUACUGUCAACAAACAUAGCAGAAAACGGAUCUAAAUUUGUUUCUACCAUGGAAGGGAAAAAAUAUCCUUUUUACGGAGUCCAGUGGCACCCCGAGGUGAACCGAUUUCAGUGGGACCCAAAUUAUCAGUUCCCCCAUUCUAAGAACGCGGUCCGUGUUUCCUCCCUGCUGGCUGAAUUCUUUGUCAAUGAAGCCAGAAGAAGUCUCCACCGCUUCAGCCAGCCAGAGGAAGAAAUAAAGGCACUUAUUUACAACUAUAGUCCUGUUUAUGUGGGAAACAUCACCGCUUAUGAACUGUCCUACUUUUUCUGA